UAAACUUGAUCUUAUCAAAAAGGGUAUCUGCCAAGUCAAGUUUUCUUCCGCAAACCAUAAAAGCAAAACCCCAAUACAAACAACACAAGAAACCAAUCAAUCAAUCAAUUCACUUUUGUUCCUCAUAUUCAUCGUCAUCAAAUUAGGUUUCAACAAUGUCCUACGAUUACCUUUUCAAAUACAUAAUCAUCGGUGAUACAGGUGUAGGGAAAUCGUGUUUGUUGCUGCAAUUCACCGACAAGAGGUUUCAACCAGUUCAUGACUUGACGAUUGGAGUGGAAUUCGGUGCUCGUAUGGUCGCCAUUGAUGGCAGGCCUGUUAAGCUUCAGAUUUGGGAUACCGCUGGCCAAGAAUCAUUCAGAUCGAUCACCAGGUCAUAUUACAGAGGAGCAGCUGGAGCUCUUCUGGUUUAUGACAUCACUAGGAGAGAAACAUUCAAUCAUCUAGCUGGAUGGCUUGAAGAUGCAAGACAACAUGCCAAUCCCAACAUGACAAUCAUGCUUGUAGGAAACAAAAGCGAUCUUUCCCACAGAAGAGCUGUCAGCAAAGAGGAAGGAGAACAGUUUGCAAAAGAAAAUGGACUCUUGUUCUUGGAAGCAUCUGCAAGAACAGCACAGAAUGUUGAAGAGGCGUUUCUUAAGACUGCAGAAAAAAUACUUCAGAAGAUCCAGGAGGGUGUGUUUGAUGUAUCAAAUGAGUCAUCGGGGAUAAAGGUGGGAUAUGGACGUCCUCAAGGUACAGGAGCAAGAGAUGGAACAGUUGCUCAGAGUGGUGGAUGUUGUGGUUGAUCUUGCUUCUUUAAGAAGCAUAUGUUAUUAUUAUUAUUUUUUAAUAUUGGAACAUAAUAUGUAAUGUAUAAAUAUAAGUGGAUUUUGGUCUUUUGAACCAAUUUGAUCA